CAAGGCUGCAAUCCGGUUCUAUUCGUCCCGUUGACUACAGCAGCGCCUUCCUGUCUACCGCCGUCGCCUCGCCACUACCAGCUAACUAUCGCAGUGCGCUAGCUGAUCCGCAGUGGCGUGCUGCUAUGGCGGAGGAAUUUCAGGCUCUCGUUGAUAACAACACCUGGCGCCUAGUUCCUCGUCCACCUCGCGCCAACAUCGUCACUGGCAAGUGGAUUUUCAAGCACAAGUAUAAUGCUGAUGGUUCGCUUGCUCGGCACAAGGCUCGCUGGGUUGUCCGGGGUUUCUCUCAACAGUACGACGUCGACUACGAUGAGACCUUCAGUCCAGUUGUUAAACCGGCCACCAUCCGGGUUGUUCUCAGCAUUGCUACCUCGCGCUCUUGGCCGAUCCAUCAGCUCGACGUGAAGAACGCCUUUCUUCAUGGUCAUCUUCAGGACACCGUCUACUGUCAGCAGCCACCAGGCUUCGUCGACCCUUCUGCUCCUGAUCAUGUUUGUUUUCUGUUCCUCUCCCAGCGACAGUAUGCUGUUGAGCUUCUCCAGCGUGCUGGCAUGUCAGAGUGCCAUCCCACCACGACGCCUGUGGACUCUAAGUCCAAAUUGUCCGCUGCUGAUGGUCCUCCCAUCGACGACCCUGCUUUCUACCGCAGCCUUGCUGGUGCGCUGCAGUAUUUGACACUCACACGUCCAGACUUGGCAUAUGCAGUUCAGCAGAUCUGCCUGUUCAUGCAUGAUCCGCGGGAGCCGCAUCUUGCUCUCGUCAAGCGCAUUCUUCGCUAUGUCAAGGGCACCCUUCCUCAAGGUCUGCAUAUUGGCACUGGUUGCUCUCUCACGGCGUACUCUGAUGCGGACUGGGCUGGCUGUCCUGACUCCCGGCGCUCCACGUCAGGCUACUGUGUCUUCCUCGGUGACACGCUGGUGUCUUGGUUACAACAGAAAGCCCUUUUGAAACUGAUGGACUUACAGUACAAGAUACAGUUCAAGAAGGGUGUUACUAAUACAGCAGCUGGUGCUUUGUCAAGGAUGCCUGAACAAGAUACAAUCUACUCUAUUUCUAUGAUUGCUGCUGAUCCUAGAGCUCCAGUUUUACCAAUACAGGUAUUGGAUGUUCAGGACAUAUGGCUAGGAGGUUUAUUGAAGUACAACAAAAUGUUACUGCUAGGUACAGCCAGCAAUAUCAAGCUUUGA